AUGCGCUUGUGCACCGUGGUCCGAGGAAUGUUCUUUAGAAGAUCCUCACUCUGCCACUGCUGUGCCAUCAAACUGCAAACUUUGACACGCAGAGUUAAAUGGAACAACCGGCGUCACGAGCCGAUAGCGUUCACGCGUCGCCUCCCGCCGCUGUCCAUGCCGGCAGAGGAAUGUGACGGAUGCGUUCCCCGGGCUGCAGGUUCUUGUCACCUGCGCAGUGAAGUGGAUGUUUUGAUGGUCUCCAGCGAGUGUUGUCUGGCGGCGGACGACGACAUCUCGAAGAAUAACAUGAAGGAGAUGAUCGGCGGGUGCUGUGUGUGUUCAGACGAGAGGGGCUGGGCGGAGAACCCCUUAGUUUAUUGCGAUGGACAUGGCUGCAACGUCGCUGUGCACCAAGCAUGUUAUGGCAUCGUGCAGGUGCCCACUGGGCCGUGGUUCUGCAGGAAGUGUGAAUCUCAGGAGAGAGCUGCUCGUGUGAGAUGUGAGCUGUGUCCACACAAGGAUGGAGCUCUCAAGAGGACAGACAAUGGAGGCUGGGCUCACGUGGUGUGUGCUCUCUACAUACCUGAAGUGGAGUUUGCAAAUGUCUCCACUAUGGAGCCCAUUGUCCUCCAGUCGGUGCCACAUGACCGCUACAAUAAGACUUGUUACAUUUGUGAAGACCAGGGCAGAGAGAGCAAAGCAGCUACUGGAGCGUGUAUGACCUGUAACAAACAUGGCUGCCGGCAGGCUUUCCACGUCACAUGUGCACAGUUUGCAGGUUUAUUGUGCGAAGAGCAGGGAUCCGAUGCAGACAAUGUCAAGUAUUGUGGAUAUUGCAAAUACCACCACAGCAAAUUGCGAAGGAGCAGGGGCCGUGGUAGUAGGUCUCAAAGCUUAAGUGACUCUUCCUCUCAAUGUUUGGAUAGACCCUCAGACACGGACAUUAAGAAACACAAGGAGCGGGACCGACACAAACCCAAACACAAGAAGAGCGCCAUGGACAUGUCUCCCUCCUUAGUUCUCCCAAACAUCAUGGUCCCUGACAAGAACUUCAACAGCACCAGCACAGGUGGGGGAGUGCCCUCUCAGCCCACAUCCUCUCAGAAGAGAUUAGAGGACAGUGCAGGACGCUUCACCAACGCCAACUUUCAGGAAGUCUCCUCUACCUUAUCCAACAGUGUCUCCAAGGACAGCAUGUCUGCUGAUGGGAACAAGGCCGCUGUCGAUCAAAAGAACAAAAAAAACUGCAGCAGUACUGGGACUCAUGCGACUGUAUCAAGGGGGGGCCGCAAGUCACUCACCUCCUCAGGAAAACCCCUCCCUUCUGCUGUAGUCACCAUGGCAACUUCUUCCACAUCUGUGUCGGCCUCCACAGGGCCUUUUCAUCAAGGACUUUUGUUGACUAGUGCCAAUAAGAUUCCCUCUGGUUCCUCCGACUUCCUCAGUUUUACAGACUCCUCGUUGCGUCCUGGACCUGGCACAACAUUCUCCUCUCCGCCAUCAUUCAGCAGCUGCCUCAAACCCAGUUCAGAGAGCGCAGGUUCAGACGGGACAACCACUCUCUUUGGCUCUCUGAUGUCGACAAGUACAGCCUCUGCAGUUGGCGGGAAGCUUUAUGAAAAUUCUCACAGUCACUUGACAAAUGACACGACAAGCCUGGCUGGAUCCGCAGGCUUUAAACGUGCUCAGCCCUGCAGCGCCAGCCCCGCAAUAGGAGGAGCGGAUGACGGGGUGAAGAAGAAGAAGAAAGGAAACUGGAAAAAUAGAUUUGGGCCAUGCUUCACCACAGAUGUAAAGCCCCCAGAGGUAGCUCCCUCCCUGACCCUGCCCACGUCUGCAGCCAACAGCGUGUCCUCUGUGCUCUCGGGACGACCCGGCUUAACGUCCAGUGGAGGAUUAGGAGUGGGGGUCGUAGGGGACAAGGGCCUGGGGGUCAUGGGGGUCGGUGGGAUUCAGAAGUCUCCAUCUCUCCUCAGGAACAGCAGCAGUGCCACAACUGUGCCAGGUGUUUUCUCUGGUGGCGAGGGGUUAUCGUCAGGGGCAGCCACUGUCUCUGGGGGCGGAGUCAGCUCAGAGUUGUCACAGCAACAACAGCCCGCACCUUCCCUGGCCCCUCCUUCUGCAUUCAGCGCCGCAGCUCCGCUCUGCAGCACAGCAGCCACACACGUGAGUGGUCUUCCCGGCUCCGUCUUUAACUUGGCCCCGUCCCACAUGUUUGGAAACAGAUUAAACCCAAACUCUGCCAUGGCGGCGCUCAUUGCACAGUCUGAAGCCACUCCUACGGAUCAAGAGGUGGGAGACAAUAGCAGCAGCGUCGGAGCUCAGGGCUUUUCCAUAAGAGCUUCUCCAAAGACCACCCCACGCUCUCCCAUUGGUGGCCUACAGAUCCGGUACGACUCUUCAGGGUCGUUGCCAGGGCAGGGCCUUGGGUUGCUAGGGCCGGGCGGAGGUGAGACGCUGCCCCCGGUGGCGACCAGCAUCGAGCAGCUCCUGGAGAGGCAGUGGAACGAGGGUCAGAGCUUCCUGCUUCAGCAAGGGGCCCAGGGCGAUGUGGUGGGCAUGCUGAAGUCGCUGCACCAGCUGCAGGAGGAGAACCGCAGACUGGAGGAGCAGAUCAAAACACUGACCAUGAAGAAGGAGCGACUACAGCUUCUGAGCGCUCAGCUGUCCGUGCCUUUCACCCCGUCCUCUGAUGUCAAAGUUGGUGCUGCUGACUCUUCCCUUUCUGCUGCUGCUCAGGAUAGUGCAUCAUGCGGCGGUCACAGCAGCAGUGGCUCCACCUCCUCCUUGUCCACCCCUCCCUCCGUGUCCCAGAGUCCGCCUCAGAUCAAUGGGGUGGGGGCAUUAGGGGCAGGUGUGUCCGGGCUCAUGGGGACACUGGGGGCAGGAGCCACUCUGGGCAUGGGGGGUAUCGUCGGAACACUGAAUGGGGUCAUUCAGACUCCUGGUGGGACAGGAGCAGCUCUCACGGUCAAUAACAGUGCUGCGCGGUUCCUCCUGCAGCAGCAUCAACAUCAGCUACAGCAGCUGCUGUCCUCACAGCCUUCAGCGGAACAGCAGCAGGUGUUGCUCUACCAACUGAUGCAGCAGGACCUGCAGGGGCCCUCGUCUGCUCAGAACCCCUUCCUCCAGCACCCGGAUGUCCCAGGACAGAAGCCUCGUCUCACAGAGCAGGCAAUGGGAGUCGGAGGACAGGAGAAAACAUGA